CGCCCACACAUGUGACUGGUCACAUGGCUGUGAUGUCACUGAAGGUCCUCCAGCACACUAGCAUCCACGGUGUGGGAGAGUCAGGUGCGGGAUUCCGGUGUCUCAGUGAUCAUGACGGCUGCGGCUCCUGUGCUGAACCUGAAUAAUGAGGUUGUGAAGAUGCGGAAAGAUGUAAAGAAAGUAAAAGCUCUAACACUUCGCAAACUAAUCCGGCACAUUUCGAAGCUGAAAUCCAAAAAGGGAACAGAAGAACUGACGGUCAAAAAUCAAAGACGAGCACAAAGACUUCUUGAAGAAAUUCAGUAUAUAAAGAAGCUAAAACCAGAUGAUGUGACCAAAACUGCCUUACGAAAGGAAAUUGACUUUGAUAAAGUAUUUAAUAAGGCAAACAGCACUGCGGAAACUCGAGCAGUCGCCAGACUAGCCACACACCCCUUGCUCAAAAGAAAGAUAUCUGCUAUUAAUGAUGCUAUUAAGGAAUUUAAAGAGGCCAGAAUGAACCAAUCUGAACAAGAAUCGGAAUCAGAACAGCCCAAACCUGCUAAAGGUGUAAAAAAAGAAGCUGAGAACAAGCCUAAGCAAGUUUUUGUAGAUGCAAUUAUGGCAUUUAAAGAGGCCAGAAUGAACCAAUCUGAACAAGAAACUGAACCAGAACAGCCCGCUUUACCCCCCAAACCUGCUAAAAGUGUAAAAAAAGAAGCCAAGAACAAGCCAAAACAAGGCAACGCAAAACCGCAAAGGAAAACUAUUGAAAGAAAACUGGAGAAUAUUGUGGACAGCCCCGUGCUAGAAGCAGUAGAUAAAGAGACCCAUCUUACAGCUAGUGACCACAGUAAUGAAGAGCCCAUUUCUCCACCUACACCACAAGCUUUACAAGCCAUUCCAAAAGUUCCGGCUGUAAAGAACUUGCAAAGUAGUUCAGAUAAAGAAACAGGGCAAAAUCCCGAAGCAACCCAAAAACUCGAAAAGAAAAUUGAACAAAGUAUCCCUGACCAAAAAGUGGCAUCUACAAAUGAAUCUGAUUCUAGUGAUCUUGAAGAUUCAGAUGAAGAAGAUAAGGAAUACUUUGACGACAGUACAGAAGAAAGGUUUUUAAAGCAGACACCUGGUUUUGAGGACAGUGAUGGUGACAGCGAAGAUGAUUUUUUCAUUGGUAAAGUAAGACAAACCAAAAAGAAAAAAUCAAGCAAAAAUACUGACUUGGUCAAGAAAGACAAAGUCCCUGCUGGUUUUGUUUUUGUUGGUGGGAGUGGCACAGAUGAGAAGAAAGCGAACACAGGCCCGAAGAAUGCCAAACUGGAAUCUGUCUUUUACACAACAUUAACAAAACAUAAAUCAUCGUAUAUGAAAAGAGAAUCUCAAUUGCCGCCUGCCAGGAAUAAGAAGCCAGUUUUCCCUCACACAAACACUUUGUCAAGGAAACCGCAGCCUGUCAGAGCUUCAGCUGUAAAGCAGAGCAAAGUGCAAGAGCAGAGUCUACAUCCGUCAUGGGAAGCUAGCCGAAAACGGAAAGAGCAGUCCCAGAUUGCAGUAUUCCAAGGCAAAAGGAUAGUUUUCGAUGAUUAGGUUUUAUUUUAAAUUUAGCCCAGAUAAUUCAUGUUUAAAUACAUUUAUUAAAAGUU